AAAAAUCUCAUAAAAUGACAGAUGUCGAAGUGACGUGUCUGUCCCUAUUUAUUUAUUAAAAACCAACAAAUUUACGAAUUCUAAUGUUUCAAAUCAACUAAAUUGCCAUAAUGAAUUAUAACGCAAACACCGGGAGCCGACCAACACUCGGGCGGAAAGUAAAACGAGUUAGCGAUGUAAAUUCUAUGGGAUACACACCGUAUGAUCCAGCGCAGGGAGUACAAAGUAACAUAUAUCCGAAUUUGGGUUCCGAAAGUCCAGCCCCAAGUGCAUAUCAACAAAAUUUUGCUAACCAACAGUUUACAACACCUAAUCAAAAUUAUGGCGUGCCGCAAGGUAAUCCUCCGGUAUAUGGAUUUAAUCAGCCUGGACCUUAUUCCAAUGUACCACCUACACCAAAUGCACAGUUUGGUACUGUAUUUGGACAGCCAAUUGUUCAAGAUAUGGCUUUGCAAUAUGGGCAACAGCUUGCAAACACAGGAAAAUCAAUGCUAAAACAAGAAGUUGAAAAAUUUGUUCCAGUUAAUAGCCUAAAAUAUUAUUUUGCUGUUGAUACAAAAUACGUAUUGUCUAAAUUAAUGCUCUUGUUCUUCCCAUUUACGCACAAGGAUUGGUCUGUCAAAUAUGAGCAAGAUGGCCCUGUGCAGCCUCGAUUUGAGAUCAACGCUCCUGAUUUAUAUAUUCCAACAAUGGCUUAUGCAACUUAUGUUCUAGUAGCAGGGAUGGUUUUGGGGAUGCAGCAGAAAUUCACCCCUGAACAAAUUGGAAUUAUUGCUUCAUCUGCUUUAGCUUGGUUUGUGGUGGAAUUAGCUUUAUACAGCUGCACUCUUUAUAUAGCUAACAUCAAGACCACACUACGAACUUUUGAUUUGUUAGCUUUCAGUGGUUAUAAAUUUGUCGGAAUUAUUGUUAGUAUUUUAGUAAGUCUUGUAGGAGCACGAACAGCCUACUACAGCUGUUUGAUAUAUGUGAAUUUAGCGCUAGCAUUUUUCUUGGUUAGAACCCUGAAAGCUCAAGUUUUAGUUGAGGUCAAUACUCAACCAAGUUACUAUGGGGAUGCUGUUCCAACUUCAGGAAAUAAAAGGAGAUUGUAUUUCUUGUUGUUUGUAGCAGCGGUCCAACCUGUGCUUUCAUGGUGGUUAUCGUUUCACUUAAUUGGCAAUGCAAGCCCCGAAAAAACGGUUUCAGAAUGAUUUUAUUAACAUGCAUGCUGGACUAAUACAUGUGAGCACCAGUCUGGAUUUAUUUAACGAAAUACAAUAUUUUUUAUGGUGUUGAGUGUUUUGAGGACCUCCAAUCCAUGUUAAUCUGUUGUUGUGGGAACUGAUGUGUGACAUUUUGCAUUUAAAAUAAAUAUUUUAUUUAAA